UAUUCACCAAGUUAUAGCAUUAGCCGUUUUAAAAUGUUCCAAGGUCGCCGAUAUGGUAACCAAUAACGACAGUAUGUCGAAUUAUAAUCUUUAAAUAAACUACUCGCAUCGAGAAGCUUAGUGAAUUUAAUUUAUGUACUUGCUCUGUGCGGCAAUUCAUUCUAAUUAAAUGAAUGAAUUUAUAUAAUCGAGAUUCCUUACUUAUAAAUCAAAUGUUGCAUAUAGGGCGUUUAAACUAUUAGGGUGACCUGUUUUCAUAACUUGCAUCAUAUAAGGUAUCUAUAUGCUUGCAUAAAACCAAAAGUAAAAAAUCGAACUUUGCUAACAUUUUCCGUGACAACAAUUUACAUAUUUGCACAAUCCUGCAAAUUAUGACGUCAUACCCAAUAUUUCCUGAAGUAAAAUUUCCCAAAAAUGUUACCACGUUCAUCAACACACCGAACAAAAUAGGACCACAGUUGCGUUCAAAUGGACGAAGGGGCGGAGAAUUGGGAGCAGCGAAUUCCGAUUCGCAAAAGAAAAUGGAGACCCAUUCCCGAUGAUGCUGUGCAGACAUCGACUGCAGAUUCUGGAACAUUCUCCCGGACAAAGCAAAUCAAAAUCGACCCCAAAAAGCUCCGUCCUUCUACACUUGCCGCACGAAAAUCGGAAAAUGCUGAUUUUAAUCUCGGUUCGCUGAUAUUGCAAUUACCAAAUGAAAUCUUGGGACACAUUAUUUUGCACUUAAAGCCGAGAGACAUCGGAAGGUUGGCCUCAACGUGUACAAGGUUUCAUUCAGUUAUAGAUCAGAAUCACUUGUGGAUGCUUCUUACCCGGAACCAUUAUCCUGGAUGGCGAACACGGUCACCUGGUUCGGAAUUAUUCGCCGCAAGCAUUGAAAAGUGGAAGAGGGAGUACGCAGUUCAUUAUACAAAAGGCAUCAGAUACCAACUAUUGGGAAGUAGUGGUACCAAACGUCGAACUCAGUGUAGUAUUACCGACAACAAAUCUUGUUACGGAUACAAAAAGUUGUGUUGUAGUAGAGACCACGUCUUUGCUUUGGACUUGGCGAGCUGUCUACAUGUUUAUCGGAGCAGAUGGGAAAGGGAACCAAUAACCAACGAAUUUGUAUAUCGACGUGCUGAUUGGCAUAUCGAGUUCGCCCAGAAUGUCGUCGACGUUACUACUGACCCACGGUACGACAACAACUUACGCCGUUAUGUUUACGUUUUGACGCAAAGUGAUCGAAUGAAAUCACGAAGGAGUCAACCGAAUACAAGGAGCUCCCCUUCAGGUUCUGUUGGAGAUAAUCCGAUCGCCGGUGAUAAAAUCGACGUUUUCGACGAACGCACAUGUCGGCGUGUUUUCAAUAUGACGUUUGACCCCGAGAUGAGGUUCGUUUCGAUGAAACUCACUUCAGUGACGUCACAACAAAAGACGCUUUACAUUCUCACUGAUGCUGGAAAGGUUUACUCUCUUCAUUUGUUUGAAUCCUCACUUUUAAACCUCGGAUCGGAAGGCAUGCAGGUAACUCUCAAAUCUGCGAGCAAAACUUUGGGAGAAAAAGUUCAAAAUGUCAUGACCAGUGUUGGUGUUGUUGGAUUCCUAACAGAAAGCGGAAAGCUGCAUCUGCUCGUGCAAAGACGUUCUGAGUUCUUGGAUAUAUUUGGUCACGAAGCUCCGUUUCGUGUCGGAAUUCCGCAAGUGAUUCGUCACGUGGCAAAGGUCAUGUCAUGUUCAAUAGGAGAUCGACAUCUUGGUUUCAUCGAUGAAUACAACAGAGCUUUCAUGGUCGGCAACAACAGGAAAGGUCAGCUGGGAACUGGAGAUCGAAUCGAUCGCAGCACACCUGUACAAGUUCUUUAUGGAAAGACCUUGCGAUUACUGUUCUGCAGCUUGAAUCACACACUAGCAGUCGUUGAGCAUGGUAAUGAAUGUGAAAUGUUAGGUACAGGGUGUGGGCAUAAUGGAAGAUUACCUGGCAACAGCCGAGGAAGCGUGGAUUUCGUACAUCUCGAUAUCAAGAUUCCUUGGAGUGUCCGGCAGGUUGAUUCACACAAAGAGAGCAUGUUUCUUCUCUCGUGUUAUGACAUGAAUCAUCAUAUACAAUACAAAGAACCCCCCAACCAAGAUUCCAGCCAGCAUCUACAGUUACUAGCCAUGAAAUCUCAACAGGAACUGCUUAUGGAUUUUAAAAAAGCCAGCAAUAUAAUUGAAAAAAUUAAAGUUAUUGAAGCAAUGAUGGAUCGGUUUACCCGAUCUGAGGAACUAAAGCAGACAACUACAGGUCAAAAGGUUACAUUUCCAUUGAAACAGCAAUUGAAGGUUUCAAAGCAGGUUUCCAGUAAACCUUCAGCUGAGAAAGUUGAACCAUCGCCAGAAAAUCGCUGCUCAGAAGAGCUUCGUUUGUUACGUCAUGCAGUGGAACAGUUGCGCCUCGAAGCGGAGAGAGUUGAGUUAGAUAAAAAGAUUGUAUCUGAUCAGACGAAGGGUUAAAAAUGUAAUAAAUUUGAUCAUGAGUGAAAGCUUCAUGACAUUUUAGCCAAGGCAGAGUUUACUUUAUAGUGCAAACAUCGCGCAGCGUUAAGACUUUAAUAUAAAGUAUCGAAGGUAUACACCAGAUUACUAAAACCAUUACAUGCCAAGACAACUGUUAUCAAUUAAAUGAAACUAUAGUUACAAUAACAUCAAAACGUAUUGUUCGGUUAUUAUAUACCAUCCUAUAGCGCUAUACGAAAAACAACGAUGAACACCAGACAUUAAUGAUUCAUUGUGUUCGCUUCUGGGUGUUGCGAAAUACCGGACACUGACGUCACUGAAUUAAAUCGUCUGGUUGUUACGCAAUCUCGUUUCGCCUCAAACAUUCUUAGCAGGACAGUAGGCUAUACGGUUACUACUAGUCUGUGGUUUACUAGCUUAAAUACGACAAGAAUAAGAUGUAAAUAUACGAUUACUAGCCUGCUGUUUGUAAUUGAUAGUCCAUGCAGUUAGUGUGAUCGAACAAUGACCUGAUUAACAUCAGAAAAGUUGUAUGAUUAUGAAUGUAUUCUCAGUUUAGUAAACAAAUAUAACCUAAUUAAAUGUAUUGAAGUAUAUUUCUUUUAAAACGUACGUAUGGACUUUCUGUUUAUAAGGGAGAACGUGUAGUACUUAAAUGCGUUGCUCUUAUUUAAUAUUGAGCUUCAACAACUGUUUAAGCCAAAAAACGUGGCGAGUUGCGUAACCCGACGUGAAGAUUGCGUCAUCACCUUCAAACGGCGCUGACAGGUUAUAUCGGUUGAUCGACGCAAGGUCAUUCGGCCGUGUAUAUAAAGCGGUAUCGAUUGGAGAACUAAAUUCAUUAACAACGCAGCUUUUAGUAAAUUGCUUCAACCCUCUAUUAGUUUCUAUUGAUUCCUUGUAUACAGGACAUAUGGCAGAUGCAGUUUAUUUAGUUUAAAAGAAACAUGAGAUGCCAACAGAAAGCGAUCCGGGCUUGGUCAGUCAUGUUGCGUAACGUGAUCUAUUCAUUAAGAACUGCAGGUUAUUGUAAUUACUGGUAUUUUAAAUAACUUGUUUUUAUUGUAGAGCUGGUAUACUUUAUUCUUGACAAUCUUAAUUUGAAAGUUAAAUCAUCAGCAUGGAAGUUACAAAAAUGUCCAAGGCCGCGUACGGUGUACUUCGACAACACAGCUGUUUGUGGGCAGUCGUUGCUGCAUGCGGAGGAGCUUUUAGCUUAACCUGUUACAGCCUUUACCGAUCAGCUAAGAAAAACGAAAUUGAUUGGCGAUCUUUUGCGCUGAACAACAACAAAGUUCAGCACACUGCUGUUGAUUGGAACAAACGCACACAGAAGUUAUAUGCUGCUAUUCGAAGCGAUGCUGCAGUUUACACUGACGUUGAUCGAAGCCCAAUCACCAACCUGUUAGCCGAAGUUUACGCUGAUGGACGAUACGCCACCAAAUAAACAACAAUUACCUCUUUGUUCAAAUUGCAAAAUGAUUAAAUUAGGAAAAUAAUUAAAUGCGUUAUUUAUUUUUAAUAACGCUAACUUAAUAUAUUGCAUUAGAUUUCUUGUCUUACGCACAAACUUUUAUUUAUUUAGGCAAUUAAAUGCGUUUGCUUUGUUUAACUUUGGGUUGCGCAAUUUCCACAACUUGUAUGUUGUAUUUUAACAAAAGUUGCUUGGUGCUUUGCCUGAUUUUGUUCAAAUAAAACAUUCAUCCGCGUUA